CCAAUUGUCCCAAAUUUCGACUUCCACGAAUACAGAGCAUCAUGCAAACACUAACCUCAAACAACAUAACAACUCAUUCUCCGGUGCCAUUUGGCCGGAAUCUGGCUCACCUCCGCCUGAAGUCUCCAUCACCGAUAUACGCCGUCAGAGUCCGUCCAUCGAUCCGGCCAAUUUCAGCCAUAGCGGCGCCGUCUCUGGUUAAGGAUCGGAAGACUCACUCAAUGCCGCCGGAAAAGAUAGACGUGUUCAAAUCGUUGGAAGGUUGGGCGAGUGAGAAUGUGUUGCCGCUGCUGAAGCCGGUGGAUGAGUGCUGGCAGCCGCAGGAUUUCUUGCCGGAUUCAACGCUGCCGUACGGAGAAUUUGUGGAGGAAGUUAGGGCUUUGCGAGAUCGGACGGCGGAGCUUCCGGACGAGUACUUUGUGGUGCUGGUUGGGGAUAUGAUUACGGAGGAUGCAUUGCCGACUUAUCAGACGAUGAUUAAUACGCUGGAUGGGGUUAAGGAUGAGACUGGGGCUAGCCGGAGCCCCUGGGCCAAGUGGACUAGGAAUUGGACCGCCGAGGAGAACCGCCACGGCGACUUGCUCCGGACAUACCUCUAUUUAUCGGGUCGAGUCGAUAUGAUGAUGAUUGAACGGACUGUUCAGUAUUUGAUCGGCGCCGGCAUGGAUCCAGGGACGGAGAACAACCCAUACUUAGGAUUCGUGUACACGUCAUUUCAAGAGCGAGCCACGUUCAUAUCACACGGCAACACCGCCCGUUUAGCGAAAGACGGCGGCGAUCCAGUCCUCGCCCGAAUCUGCGGCACCAUCGCCUCCGAUGAGAAGCGCCAUGAAAACGCCUAUUCCAGAAUCGUCCAGAAGCUUCUCGACGUGGACCCCACUGGUGCUAUGCUGGCAAUUGCUGACAUGAUGCACAAGAAGAUCACAAUGCCGGCGCAUCUCAUGUACGAUGGGCAGGACCCCAGGCUAUUCGACCACUUCUCCGCCGUGGCUCAGCGGCUUGGGAUCUACACGGCUAACGACUAUGCCGAUAUUCUGGAGGUGCUCAUCGAACGGUGGAGGUUGGAGAAGGUGGAGGGAUUGACGGGAGAGGGGCGACGGGCUCAGGAUUUCGUGUGUGGGUUGGCGCCGAGGAUUAGGAAGCUUCAGGAGCGAGCCGAUGAGCGGGCUAAGAAGUUGAAGCCGCAUGGGGUUAAGUUCAGCUGGAUUUUUAAUAAGGAAAUUCCCAUUCUGUCCUAGGUGGUUAUUAAGUUGUUAGCUUCUUUUCGUGUAAAAUUAAAAUUAAACCCUCCAAAAAUUUUAAAAAAAAAUGAAAUUUUGUUUAGAAGAUUAGGAUUUUGGUCUUGCUAAGUAAAAUAGUUUAUGAUCAAUGAGGUAUGUAUUUACUUAAUUUUCCUUUUUUUUUAAAAAAAAAUGCAUUUUAAAAUUAAUUGAGAAUAAACGCAAGUAGGAUUUACUCA